AUGAAGCUGUCUCUUCUCUUCGCUAUCCUUCCCGCCGUCCUGGCCGCUCCCGCCGUGAAGCGCGAUGAGCCUGCUCCCCUCCUGACGCCCCGCGGCGCCAGCCAGCUCAUCAAUGGCAAGUACAUUGUCAAGUUCAAGGACGGCAUGUCCAUCGCCUCUGUCGACAAGACUGUCAGCGCUCUGUCCUCGAAGGCCGACCGCGUCUACAACCACAUUUUCCGAGGCUUCGCCGGCAACCUGAAUGCCAACGACCUCAAGACCCUGCGCGACCACCCUGAUGUCGAGUACAUUGAGCAGGAUGCCAUAAUCACCAUCAACGCGUACACUCAGCAGCCCGGCGCCCCCUGGGGUCUCGGACGCAUCUCUCACCGCAGCAAGGGUAGCACCACAUACGAGUAUGAUACCAGCGGCGGCAGUGGCACCUGCGCCUAUGUCAUCGACACUGGCGUCGAGGCUUCGCACCCCGAGUUCGAGGGCCGCGCCAGCCAGAUCAAGAGCUUCAUCAGCGGCCAGAACACCGACGGCAACGGCCAUGGCACUCACUGCGCCGGCACCAUCGGCUCCAAGACGUACGGUGUUGCCAAGAAGACCAAGAUCUACGGUGUCAAGGUCCUCGACAACUCGGGCUCCGGCUCAUACUCCGGCAUCAUCUCCGGUAUGGACUUUGCCGUUCAGGACUCCAAGACGCGCAGCUGCCCCAAGGGUGUCGUCGCCAACAUGUCUCUGGGCGGUGGAAAGGCUCAGUCCGUCAACGACGGUGCCGCUGCCAUGAUCAGGGCCGGCGUCUUCCUCGCCGUCGCCGCUGGCAACGACAACGCUAACGCCGCCAACUACUCCCCUGCCUCUGAGCCGACUGUUUGCACCGUCGGCGCCACCACCUCUUCUGAUGCGCGAUCUUCGUUCUCCAACUACGGCAGUCUCGUCGACAUCUUCGCCCCGGGUAGCAACAUUCUGUCCACCUGGAUCGGUGGCACUACCAACACCAUCUCUGGUACUUCCAUGGCCACUCCCCACAUUGUUGGUCUCGGUGCCUACCUCGCCGGUCUGGAGGGUUUCCCCGGCGCCCAGGCACUCUGCAAGCGCAUCCAGACCCUUUCUACUAAGAACGUCCUCACCGGCAUCCCCAGCGGCACUGUCAACUACCUCGCCUUCAACGGCAACCCCAGCGGCUAA